AAAACCCCCUCCCUCUCUCCCUUCUCGGGUGUCUUCUCCCUCGCCUUUUGCUUCCCACUCACUUCUCCCCAAUCUCCAAUCCAAAUUGCUGCAAUCUUUCUCAGGCGUAGCGACGCAGGAGCCAUCGACGAUGGUUCUGGAGGAGUUCUUCGGUCACCUCCUGGGCAAGAAGGGCUGGGGCGACGGGGCGAUGCGAGAUCUGGAGCUCUCCCUGCGUGCCAAGGGCCCUGUGCACCCGGCGUACGACCUCAUGCUCGAGAGGUGCUGCAUGUUCGCCGACUUCGGGCGCCUCCUGGGCUACACCUUCUCCGCCACCGCCGUAGGAUGCCUCGCUACGUCGUUUCUUGCAAGACAUCGCGCGCCCUAUCUCCCCUCUCAAUCUGUCAUGCAGGUACUGCUCGCGGUUCCGCCUCGGCAUGUAAUACUCAUGGUUGGCUGCGCUUCCGCUUGUUUGCCCGUGAAGACGAAGAUGGACUACUACGAUCUCCAGCUUGGGUUUGCAAAGUCCAUUCUGAAAUCUGGAGAUGAGCGCACCAAGACGGAGCUAGCCAAAAUAAUACUGAACAAGCAUAGCGAUGACAAAUCACUGGUUGAAGCUGUGAGGAGGCACUUCGUAGCUGACCAUGUGUUCAGUGACCAGCAUCAAGAGAAACCACCGCUUCUCCGGUGGCGUGAGCGCGGUUCAUACUUGGACGGCGCUUUGCUGGAGGAGAUGAAGGAGUAUGAAGACGAGCUGAAGGAGCAUAAAGCAGAGCUGCAAAAGUUAAAGAAGGAGCUUGAAGCAAUGCUGAAAAGGAUGAUGAAGUAUGAAGCAAACAACUCUGAUGAUCAGGCUAAAUCAAUUGUAAACGUUGGAUUAUUUCAGGAGGACCCACUGGCUUGUAUUCUUGGUACUCCAGGGAACAUCAAGGAGACGGGAGAUCGAUGAACCCUCUGAGCACACUGGAGUCGUUCUCCUGAUGAGAUGAGAGCUGCAAGGCCACCAGAGAAGUCAACGACAUCAAUGUCGCCGACAUCCUGACAAAACUGCUGUGUCAUGAACUUAUAUAAUGAAGUCUUAUCAGUUGUGUGCAUGAAAAUACAAUUCAUACUUGUUGAUGUGCACAAUUGUAGCUGGCAUAAUUGUAGGGCAUGCAGAUACUAUGCAGUGAUGGAUGUGUUAUGUUUUUUUGGCCAAUGAGAUAAUAUAUUAAUCGAUCCUCAAUGUUGA